GCCACGUUGUUCAGCAUGGCUAGUACUAGAGUCGGCUGUGACACACUACAUAUUUGGUGACAGCGGUGGGAUAGAUUUGAAAAGGGAUAGUUUAAAGGUGGGGAUAAACAUUCAAAGGUGACAGUGUAAAAGUGUGACAAUUCGGAGGAAACAAUUUAAAAACAGUGAAAUAACUGAAUAGUUAAAUAAAGUGAUUGUGACGAACUUAUGUACACUUAAAUUACUUUAUCGGCUCGCGGGUGUGUAUUAAACGGUCAAUUAAACAUUCUACAAACUAUUUUAUUGAACUGUUAUAUAUUUAAUAAGUGGACAAAGUUUAGUGCAACUUCUCCCUCUUGGGUUCGCUCCCAAGAGCGAAGGGUAAAUACCGGAGACAGGUGAUUUCGGCUGCCGUGCAAGCCAUCCACCGAAAUCACGCGCACCUCGUCCACGUCAUCGUUGCAUCAUUCCUGGAGCAUAAGAGAGGAUAAAAUAAAAUCACGAGACCUGAGCGGACUGUUCACGGAGCUGAGGCCUACCUGACGCAGCUGAUUGCGGACAAAUUUUACUGGAGUACCUGCUGCCGAAUUGGGGACCAUUGAGCUGGAGUACCUGUUGUUGAAUUUGGGGACCAUGGAGCAGGAGUAUUGAGGGUUCUUCCCGUAAGCCGAGGUCAUCCGGAUCAACGGGUCAUCGACAGACAAAGCUAUACACCUGUGGAAGAAGCAACAAGUUAAACGAAAAACGUUAAGUGACUUCUUGCGGAUUAUUAAUUUGUCGUGCAACAAAACUGUAAGUCUAGAAUAUAAGCAAAUAGACUAUAGAAUAUUAGUUGUAACCGUUAGUCCUAAUUCGAUAAGAUGCCGCCGUUUUCAACGAAACUAGUAAGGGCCAGAAGGAGGAAGGGUCGCAAAAAUAGUCUGCGUGGUGAUAGCGUCAUAUUUGUGGAGGAAAGCUCGAUAGAAUCUCCUAGUAGAGAGUCUUCUUCUUCAAUUGGAAGAUUUGAACCCCGAUUACAAGAGUCAUCUCUUGUACCUGCCCAGUCCACGAUGCAGAGUUGGGGUGAGCCGGGCGGUGUAUCUGUUCCUUCUAGUAGCACGGCAAAUAACACGCUAAUGAUUCCACCUAGGCCAUUACCUUCUAAUGUUUUGAAUUUCUCUUCAGAUGCGAAUGAACAUCAGACAAAUACCUUAAAUUUAGAGUCAUUACAACCUUCCAAGGACAGUAUGACUAGGGACGCGGUCACGUCAUCGCCUAAACUUUCAAAAACCUUUACGGGCACCCAAUACAAUGUAGUAAAAAGUUUUAUUCCUCAUUUUGAUGGAAAGCCGUCCCAGGUAAACCAUUUUAUUGCCCAAUGUAGGCUUGCCGACACCUUAGCAAAAACCGAGGACAAAACACUUUUGCUCGCUAUAAUUCGGAAUCGAAUGCAACACCGGGUUUACAGGGGUAUAGUGGGUGAUGACGAACCGGAAACUGUGGAGGAGUUGAUAGCCCUGAUUAAAUCCACGUUCGCCCAAAGUUUUAAUCUAAAUGAUACUCAAAAUGAGUUGAAGACCGUACGCCGUCGUGAAAGCGAAUCGAUCGAGGAAUACGGGUUCCGAGUAAACGAUAUUUUAGAUCGUGGGGUACAGGGGGCGAAAGAAGAUUUGAGUUCAGAGGAAUUUGGGGGCAUUAAAAAAUUACUUAUGACGAGCGCGGUGGCAGGAUUUUUAGGGGGACUGGGAAACGAUGUUGUCGCGAGUAUUCUGUCUAACGAUGAUGUUAAAGAUUUAAGAGCAGCGAUUAAAUUAGCGUCAAAAAUUGAAACUCAGGUGAAUUCAUCGCGGAAUUCACAGAACACCAACGUUUCUGAUACGAAUUCUAGAGUUCUAAUCGCGAAAACGCGCAACCGCAAAUGUGUUACCUGUGGAAAGGCCGGGCAUAUUUCUGCGGAUUGUCAGGUGCGCCGGGAUCGUCGCUUCAUAAAUUCGAAUCGUGACCACCAGUUUCCUUCAAUUUCUGAAAAUCAAGGAAAUCCUUUGAAAUCGAGAAGGAAUUGUUAGCAGUUUUGUUUGGAAUGGAAUAUUUUCGACCCUACCUUUAUGGUCGAUAAUUUACGUUGUUCGCUGACCAUAGACUCUUAGUUUGGCUACACAGUGUCAAGGAUCCAACGUCUAAAAUUGUGAGGUGGCGUAUUAGACUGAAUGAGUAUGAUUAUACUGUAGUGUAUAAAUCUGGAAAGGUUAACGCCAAUGCCGACGCACUUUCACGGAACCCUGCAGACACCUGUAUAAAUUCAGAUCCUCUACCAUUUACCGUACGGUCUAGCAUGGAUUCCA